GCACAAAUGAAAACAUGCUCACUCAAGUCGCUUGGAGAGAAAUAAUCAGAGAAAGGCACAAUGCGGGACAUGCUGGAGAGGCUGCGUAACGUGAGCGAGGAGCAGGCGGACGACCAUGACCUUGAAUACGACGAGAGCAAGCUCACAAUCGAUCAAGAAGCAAUCGUGUUUGAGAACUCCGUAGAAAUUGAAAGCAUCUUAAAGGAAGCCCAGUCCAUACGCAAGGAGAUUUCCUUGCUCCUCCUGGAGGUGGAGCGCCUGAAUAAAAACAAUGAACGCUUUCGCACCACGGUCCGCCACUUCUCUGCACUCAAAAAAGACUCAGACAGCAUCGCCCGGGGGAUACAGAAGCAUGGGCAGAACUUGCAUGCUCGCCUCCUGGCGCUGAGUGAGGAGAGCAAGAAGCUUCAGAAAAAAGAGGGGCCAAACUCAGCUGCUAGCCGCAUCGCAGCCAUGCAGUGCGACUCGCUCAGCUGCGCCUUCCAAGCCGCCAUGGGGAGCUACCACCAGGCGGAGGAAAUGCAGAGGACCAUUUGUAGGGACCGAAUCCAGCGUCAGGCCUCCAUAUUAGGGACUACAAUCUCUGAUGAGCAACUGGAUGUCAUUGUCGACAAAGGAUGUGAAGGCUGGAGCGAGUUUUCCCAGAGCCUGCAGACGCAGGAGAGUCACUCAUCCCGCUGGGCGCUGAGCGAAAUCAAAGACCGACACAAUGAGCUGGUGGCCCUGGAGGCCAGACUCAAGGAAGUCCAUGAACUGUUCCUGGAAAUUGCAAUGCAAAUGGAAGAGCAGUGCUCCAUGCUCAACAAUAUUGAGGCCAACGUGUGUAAGACUCAGAAUUAUACUGAAAAAGUCAACGUCCAUCUCAAGAAGGCCCUGCAAUACAAGAGAAAAAAUCCUUUUCAACAGCUUUGCCCAUGUUUUCCCUGUUGGAGACAAUAAAGUCCCUUUUGGAAGAUUCAGAGACUGCUAUAGACAUUGUUGUGACACACCUCUCAACCUUUAUACUAAUCAGGGGUUGUCCCAUGGUUGGGCGAUUCAACUACAUUAUUCUGGGGGGCACAUUUUCAGAAAGUUAAAGAUCGCGGGGCAGACUCCAUCCUGCUAUUACUUGAUUCUUAUUUUCUAUACUGUUUCUGCCAUACUGUCACACAUUGACCUCACCAAAGGAGUAACACCGUAUAGGCCUAAAUUAAAGUAAUGAAUACACAAAGCACUUUGUUAAUGUGAGUCAAAGAUCCUCCAUAUGACAGGAGCACUAUGCUGUUUUUAGGGACCGACUUCAAAAACUCUAGUCAAAGAUCUUCUACAGCAGGGGUCACCAUCACAGUGCCCGCGGGCACCAGGUAGCCCCCCACGACCACAUGAGGCGCCCGCAGGUCUGCUUUUCAUUCAGGUUUUCAGUUAAUAAUGUGAGAACACUAGAAAGAAAAGUACUGUAUUCUGAAACAUAAAAUGUGAGUUGUGGAUACCAGCAUUUUGUGAAUGUUUUGGUAAAACAAGCAUAUUUGAUUUGUUUGGGUUGAAAUAAGGUAUGAAAAUCAUUUCUACAAAAAUGAGUAGCUCGUGGCCAUUUUCAUUUUCUAAAAGUAGCUCUCACAAGAAAAAACGUUGGUCACCCGUGUUCUACAGUAUAUGACAGAAGCGCUCUGCUUUUUUUAGGAGUCUGUCAUGAAAACACAAGUCAAAGGUCAUCUUUAUAAUAGGAAUCUGCCACAAAUAUGUCAAAUAUACUCUAUAAGACAUUGAUCCCACUGCUGUUUUUAAGUACCUACUGCAAAAACACGAGUCAAAGUUCCCGUACAUGACAGCAUCAUUCUGCUGUUUUAAGGACCUAUUACAAAAAUGGCAGUCAAAGAUCUUCAACAGCAGGGGUCGCCAAACACUGGACCGGUUCGGCCCCGCAGUACGGGUACCAGUCUGUGGGAACAUUUCAGGCGCAAUGAUAAAAAAAAAAAAAACACUUAAAAAAUAAAUGUGUAAAUAACUACAUCAAAUGUUAUGUAAAUGCGUAUCAAUUUUGGAAAUAUGAGCCAUUAUUUUAUUUAAAAAAUAGUUACAGUAGAAAUACAACAGUUUUGCACGUUUAUGUUGAUUUGUUUCAUUGUGUUUCGGUAAAUGGCAACCUGUCCCAGUUUGGUCGAUGGUCCUUGAACGCACCAUAGCUGUGUGCGUGUGCUAACAUUCUCCCACACUGCACAGAUACGUACAGUACAGUAUAUUUCCCGUUUUGCUUUCACCUCAUAUUUGGUCCCAAGUGCUGAUACUGUAUGGGGAUGCAGAAAGGUAAGGUUUGAUGACGUUAUUGAGCACCUAUGUGCAUAUUUGUUUGGUGCACAACCUCAAGUUAAUUCAGCACACUGCCUGUAACCACACACAUCAAACAACGACGUUAUAAUCUUGUCUCUAGACAAACAAACUCCAGGCACAUACUGGUGGAUGGUGGGUCUGUAUUCAGUUUGUGCUUUUCAUUUGAUGUUGUUCCUGUCUUUGUUUAACACAACAGAAAAUGAAUAAAUAGCAUUAGAUUGCUGUAUCGGAUUACCCUAGCCCCGCCCCCUUCUAAGGUUUGUGGGAACAUAAAUGGUCCGUGGGUCCAAAAAGGUUGGGGACCACUGUUGUUCAAUAUAUGACAGGAGCCCUCUGCUUCUUUUAGGAGUCACUUGCUUUUUUUUAGUAGUCUGUUGCAAAAACAUAAGUCAAAAACUGUCAAAGUAAUAGGAACGCUGUGCUGUUUUUAGGAAUCUAUGUGCAAAAUGAUGUUCAAAUAUCCUCUACAUGACAGGAUCCCACUUCUGUUUUUAAGGACCGUACCUAGUGCAACAACACUAGUCAAAGAUCUUCUACAGUAUAUGACAAAGGCGACCUGCUUUUUUUAGGAGUCUGUCACGAAAACACAAGUCAAAGGUGAUCUUUAUAAUAGGAAUCUGGAAGUGGUAAGUUUUUGGCUUUUUUGUCCUUCUUCCCCACUCCAUUUUAAACAAUUUCUUAAGUUUAGAAUACAGUAAAUAAAUAGGAGGCUAACUAGGUAGCUUGCUAAUGGUUAAAGUCAUGGCCGUCCCUUGUAUCCUUGCAGGAGUCCUAUAUCCUGUGCAUUACAGUUGAGCAAUGUGGUGUUAACAAAGAAUAGGAGUUAAAGGCGACUAUAGGGGUGUUAUGUCAUGUCUACAGUGCUAUAAUAAUGGUAAAUAUUGUAUUUAUAAAGUCAUAAACAGGUUUUCUAUGCGCUAACUACGAAAAUGUUCCAUUCAUUUCAUAUUAAAUCCUACUUUGCUGAAAUUCACUUACGAGGGAUGACGGGACAUGACAAGAGUGCUCUGCUGUUUUCAAAGACCUACUGCAAAAACGCUACUCAAAGAAACUCCAUAUGACGGGAUCACGCUGCCGUUUUUAAGCACCUAUUCAUGAGAAGAUGACAUAAGAAUUCCUUCCUAGUGUUACACGUUUUCUCACUUUCAUUUCUUAAAAACUCCUCACCAGUUACAAAAUGAAACAAACAAUGCUAGACAACGCUUAUCCUUUAGGAGUUUAAGAGAACGUUAGAAGGAACACCAAACUUUGCAAAUUACCGUUGUAAAUAAAAGCAUUUAAUGUAUUUAAUGAUACAUUUCCAAUGUUGUGUCUGUUGUUUAUAUUGGGAAUAAUAUGUUAAAAGUGCCACCUUAUACUGAGAGGCCAUUUUAAUUCCUCAACACUCCUGUUUUUCGUAGGAAAUAACUUCUGUUUUAUAAAGUGAAAAGUCUGGUUCCUUUCAUUAAAACAGUACAAAACUGUUGGAUACAAUUAUUAUUAAGAUUUAAA